AUGAAGUUCAACAUCGCUAAUCCGACCACCGGUUGCCAGAAGAAGCUGGAAAUCGACGAUGACCAGAAACUCCGUGCUUUCUAUGACAAGAGAAUUUCUCAAGAAGUGAGCGGGGAUGAAUUGGGUGACGAAUUCAAGGGUUAUGUCUUCAAGAUCAUGGGAGGCUGUGAUAAGCAGGGUUUCCCCAUGAAGCAGGGUGUGUUGACUCCUGGACGUGUUCGCCUUCUUCUUCACCGAGGCACGCCUUGUUUCCGUGGCUAUGGAAGGCGCAAUGGAGAGCGUAGAAGGAAGUCUGUUCGUGGUUGUAUUGUUAGCCCCGACCUCUCUGUCCUUAACUUGGUCAUAGUGAAGAAAGGUGAUGCCGAUCUGCCUGGUCUCACUGACAUCGAGAAACCCAGGAUGAGGGGUCCAAAGAGGGCCUCAAAGAUUAGGAAGCUCUUUAACCUUACCAAACAAGAUGAUGUUACAAAGUAUGUUAACACAUACCGCAGGACCUUUACCACCAAAAAUGGUAAGAAAGUCAGCAAGGCCCCUAAGAUUCAGAGGCUUGUCACUCCUUUGACUCUUCAAAGGAAGAGAGCUAGAAUUGCCGAUAAGAAGAAGAGGAUCGCCAAGGCUAAGACUGAAGCUGCUGAGUAUCAGAAGCUUCUUGCCUCCAGGUUGAAGGAGCAACGUGAUAGAAGAAGCGAGAGCUUGGCAAAGAAGAGAUCCAGGAUUUCAGAGGCCAAGAAGUGA